GCCACUGGGGCGCGAAGUUCCGGUACCAGCCCAGACUGGAGGCCACCUUCGGGCAGCAGUCCCCGGUCCCCGGCAUGGGCGCGUCCGGAGCGGACAACCCCGUCAACGCGGGCAUCGAGGCGCUGGACCUGAGGGGCAUCGAGCUCGUGCGCAGGCAGAACCUGGACGCGUUCAGCAGCUACCUGGAGGCGGAGGGCAACACCAUUUGCGGUCGCAACCCCAUCCGCCUGCUGCUGAAGCUGUUAUCGGACAGGCGCCCAGGGCCGGAAGGCCCGGGAGCUACUCGGUGCGCUUCCCGCACUACAGCCAGUCGCGGCUGCUCGGGCCGGACCCGGGUCCCAGG